AUUGGCUAUAAUCCAUGACACACACUCGGAGGAAGUCCCUUCCCAUGUUGAGUUCUGGCCCCACUGGCCGCCAGGAGCCCCUGCAGAUGGAAGGCAACAGCAUGGAGCAGGAGGCGGAAGGUAUGGAGCCAGUAAUGCCUGAGAGCCCAGGGCACCUCACAGGGCGCCGCAAGAACUACCCUCUGCGUAAGCGCCCCUUGGUUCCUGAGAAGCCCAAGGCCUGCAAAGUGCUGCUGACCCGCCUGGAGAAUGUGGCCGGACCACGGAGUGCAGAUGAAGCUGAUGAGCUGCCCCCUGACCUGCCCAAGUCCCCUAGCCCAGCCCCUUCCAGUGAAGACACUGGCCUCACCCAGCCCCGCAAGCGGCGCCUGGCCUCCCUAAACGCCGAGGCCCUUAAUAACUUGCUGCUGGAGCGGGAGGACACGAGCAGCCUGGUGGGCAGCCGACGUAGCCGAGGGGGAGACCCCCACCGCAGCCGGGACCGUGACCGGGCCACUGGGGGCUGGUCUUCCUCCAAGAAACGGCCCCGGCUGAGGGACCUCGGCGGAGGAAGUCGGGACCUGUCCCCAGAGCCAGCACCAGAUGAAGGUAGCCGUCGAGAUGGUGACCUAGCUCCCAAGAGACUGGCCAGCCUGAAUGCAGCUGCUUUCCUAAAGCUGAGCCAGGAGCGGGAGCUACCCCUGCGGCCACCUCGUGCCCACCCAGAAGUAGAUGGGCGCUCCACUGAGCCACCAACACUGAAGGCCCCGAGGCCAAAGUGGGCCAAGGUCAAUGGCAAGAACUAUCCCAAGGUUCGGCAGGGGCCCAACUCCGGGGAGGCUCUAGGUCCGCUAGGCUGGCAAGGGUGCCCCGAGGAGCCAUGGCUAUCCGCCACCCCUCGUGGGCCAUCCAGCCAGCCACCUUACCGGCAGCCUCUGAGCCAGGCUCUGGAGAGCCCCUUGGGUCUACGCCCCCAUCUGCCUCUGCUGAUGGGUGGGCAAGCAGCCCUGAAGCCGGAGCCUGGGCGCCCAGGAGAGGAGUCACCUGCCCCCAAGCAGGAACUGCAUCAACCCUCUUUUCCCACACCCCAGCUGUCCCUCCUGCCGAUGCCUGGCAACCCUGCCGACUACAGUGGCCUGUGUGGUCGGCCUGAGCUCACUGCACUAGGCAGCGUCUACCUAUACUGCCAAGAUGGGCUGCAGUGUGGGGGCUAUUCUCCCUGCCCCAUGCUCCCUGAGGGUAAGCUGUCCCCAGUGGUGGCACCUACCGAAGGGCUCCUCUUGGCCCCGAGACCAGUGCCCACAGGCACCCCUUUCCAGCACCCUCCUUGGAGCUCUCGCUACUGCUCCAGUGGGGAAGCUGGAGUGAAUGGCUACAGCAUCUGUGAAAUGUUACCCCCUUCUCUUACCCACAUCGGCACUACCUGUGGCGGCUGUUCCUACAAAAUGCCUUUUGCAGCAGAAGGCUGCAGGUCCCUGGGCCAGCUGGAAUUUCCUCUCCCGGAAGCUGGCCACCCAGCCUCACCUGCCCACCCCCUCCUGGGGUGCCCUGUGCCCAGCGUGCCACCUGCAGCAGAGCCUGUCCCUCAUCUUCAGACACCCACCUCGGAGCCCCAGACAGUAGCCCGUGCAUGCCCUCAGAGCGCCAAGCCUCCUAGUGGCUCCAAGUCAGGUCUGCGUACAGGUUCCAGCUGUAGGCACACUGUGAGGAGCAAGGCUGCCCGCAGGCCAAGUCACCCCAAGCAACCACGUGUCCAGCGCCCACGCCCUCGCCGCCGUCGACGCCGCCGCACUAAUGGUUGGGUUCCUGUUGGAGCUGCUUGUGAAAAGGCUGUCUAUGUCUUGGAUGAACCGGAACCAGCCAUCCGAAAGAGCUACCAGGCAGUAGAGCGGCAUGGAGAGACCAUCCGAGUUCGGGAUACCGUCCUCCUCAAGUCAGGCCCACGAAAGACAUCCACACCUUAUGUGGCCAAGAUCUCUGCUCUCUGGGAGAACCCCGAAUCAGGAGAGCUGAUGAUGAGUCUUCUGUGGUAUUACAGACCAGAGCACUUACAGGGAGGCCGCAGUCCCAGCAUGCACGAGCCUUUGCAGAAUGAAGUCUUUGCAUCAAGACAUCAGGACCAGAACAGUGUGGCCUGCAUUGAGGAAAAAUGCUACGUGCUGACCUUUGCUGAAUACUGCAGAUUCUGUGCCAUGGCCAAGCGCCGAGGUGAGGGCCUCCCCAGCCGAAAGACAGCACUGGUGCCCCCCUCUGCGGACUACUCCACCCCACCACACCGCACAGUGCCGGAAGAUACGGACCCUGAGCUGGUGUUUCUUUGCCGCCAUGUCUAUGACUUCCGCCACGGCCGCAUCCUCAAGAACCCCCAGUAGCUGCCUCCUGCCCACACUGGGGCUGCCCAUGGGCAAGUUGGGGCUCAGGGCAGGGGGCACUGCUUGAAGCACAGCACUUGGUUAAGGGGCCACAGGGGCCUGAGGUUGCUGGCCUGUGGUUCUCUUGGGGGGAGGGCAGGGGUCCCUAUGAGUUUGGGCCCCAGGGGAGGGAAGGGGGAGGCCAGGAUAUAAGAAAAGCAUCAUAGCCCUCAGCUUGGCCCAGGGUACCUCUCUGUGGUCCGUGGGUGGAGAC